AUGGAAUGCCAACAAUGCCGUGACAUCUUCAUCAACACAUUCUGCAUGCCCAAGGCCCUCUGGUCACCCUCAAUCCGCAACUCAAAUGGUUACUUCGGAUGCGAAGCAACCUAUGAUACAAACUCUGUCGCGGGAUUCAAUACAUGGGCCUACUUCGAAAUCAAACACCUAGAGCCCAAACCCGAAGAGCCCAAGCUCAACUACGACUGGUCCAAAGCCAACACCUUCACCCGCCGAAUAACCAACACCAACCAAACAGCCCUAAUCUACUUCAACCCCACGCCCCGACUAACCCAAACCCCCGACCUGAAAGACUGCCCCGAAAUCCUAAAAGACCCCUUCUGGCCCUACGCCCACAUCCUCGAAGAAAUUACCAAACUACAAGAUGCCGCCGUCUGGUCAAUCCGCGACCACGUCCGCGAUCUCGAAAAGGCAGAGAAACCCCCGGGACGACCACAACCCAAUUACCGCCGCCUCCACGACAUAGGCCGACACGCAAUCCACGUCACAGAAUCACUAGACGUCGCAGAGAGAACCAUCGAACAAAUCCUCAAACACCACCAGCGCUACUCGCAUAAACCCCCACCAUCUCUCAUCGCAGAACACGACGAUGACCCCACCGCUGCUGAUGGCAUUGGCAUUAGCAGCAGUGGUGGAGCAGGAACAGGGACAAGCACUCCCCACCGCCGUCCCUUAUCCCAAUCAACAUUCUUCCAAGUGCAAUCCCAGCUCGAAUUCACGCAAAGCUGCCUAACAAGUCUCCGCCACCGCAGCACAGCCAACGAAAAGCGCCUCGCGAACGAAAUCCAACUAGCCUUCAACACAGUAGCCCAGCACGACGCGAGUCUAUCCGUGAAAAUCAGCCACGCCAUGAUGUCCGAUAGUACGGCGCUGAAAACGCUUGCGUUUGUGACGUUUGUGUUUUUGCCGCCGACGUAUAUCUCUUCGCUGUUUAGUAUGACGUUCUUUCAGGUUGUUGAUGGGAAAGGGUUUACUGUUUCGAGGGAGUUUUGGAUUUAUUGGGCUAUUGCGUUGCCGGUGACGAUUGUUUCGACGCUUAUCUGGCAGUUUUGGCAUAAGAUUUCGCCGAAGGAGAGGAGGGAGAGGCCGAUUCGGAAUGCGGUCACGUUUGAAUUGAAGGAUCUUGUUUAG